AUUUAUAGUUGAUUUGGUGUUCGGCAGCGUAAGUGUCUGACCAUUAAAGAGAACGCAAGUUCUACAGCAGGUCAAUCCCACCAAUCUGUGUCACGCACCAUGGGCAGAUGUAUCGACGUUUGCAAGCUGGUCUUAUGGGUUGCAGUUUGUGUGACCUUCAUUGUCUUGGGUGCUGUGUACACUGAUGACUGCCCAGUGAAACGUGUCAUCCCUAUCCACAUGAUAAUUUCUGGAUCUUUCGGUCUCCUCUAUGUAUUCUUCUCCUGCUGCAAGGACCGUGUUGUGUGCCAACAUUUGUCUAAACUAUUUUGGUUCAUGAUCAUCAUCUGGCUCAUUAUUGGCCAUUUUUGGACCUUCUCUGUAUUCCAACCCAACUAUGCACGGAAAGAGAUCAUCGGCAACACAGUAUACUGCAACAAAUCUCUAUACCUCUUUGUGGCCUCUACCACCAUCCUAUUGGACAUUAUUAUAUGUAUGUGGCUGCUUGUGUUGUUUGAUGUAUGUAAAUGCUUCAUACUUUGUCUGGUCUGCUGUGUCUCUUUAUGCAAGUCUGACGAUGUCAAACCUGUGCAGGUUGUUGAGCCUUUGAGGGUUGUGGAGACUGAGGACUGCGUUGAACCUAAGGAGUGUGUGGGGACUGACGGAAGUGUGGGGACUGACCUGUGUGUGGGGACUGAAGUGUGUGUGGGGACUGAGGUGUGUAUGGGGAUUGAGGUGUGUGUGGAGACUCAGGAAAGUGUGGGGCUUGACGAGAGUGUGAAACUUGAAGAGAGUGUGGAGUACGUGGAGAGUAUGGAGUAUAAGGAGUAUGUGGUAACUGGGCAGAGUGAGUCCAACACUGCUCAUUAUUAAUGCAAUUCACUAUUCACAAUACCAAUAGUAAUUUACAUGAAUUUGUCUAUUUUGGGGGGUGAGAUCAUGUAAAAAUGUAGAUGUCAUCAUAAAAAAUAAGCAAUCAAUGGGUCAAUUUGUGCCAUUAUGUUGCCAAAAAUCUGAAGAUGAAAAUAAAAAUAUUGAUUCCCACUUUGAUUUUCAAGAUUUAAAAUGUACCUUGGUAGACAAAUAUUAUCGUUACCAUUUUUGAGCAGAAUGAUAAUCAUUUGGCUAAUAGGCUGCUGUUCCACUUCACAAACACCCGCCCUGAAAUAGUGGCCCAUCAAUGAAAACGCACACCCAAAGUAAAUGGACUGGUGUGUUAAAAUGCCUGGGCCGACUAUUGGUCCGAUUUUUCCCCUGCUGUAGUUCGUAAGUCAUUACAAUUAUAAUAACUAACUGGAUCAAAUUGUGUGACCAUCAUCUUAGUGCUUGACAAAUACUAGGCCUAAGCACAACGCCUCUCCCCUAUUUGACCUAUAUAGUUUGUGUACGUAUUAAUAUGUAGGCUAAGUGUAACCGAUAUGAAAUGUCUAGCUAGUUAGCGGUGGUGUCCGCUAAUAGCGUUUCAAUCGGUGACGUCACUCACUUUGAGACCUUGAAAUAGUGGUUCCCCGGCUGCACAUUUUGUGGAGUGAUGGGUAACGAUGCACCGAGGGUGACUGUUGAUGUGUGCAGAGGGUCCCGGGGUCGAGCCCAGGUUGGGGCGAGGAGAGGGAUGGACUCAAGUUAUACUGUUACGUAAGUGUGCCUUUGGUAAGAAAUAAAAUAAUUUAUGUAGUUCUGUCCUUGAGCUGUUGUCUAUUAAUGUUCUGUAUUAUGUCAUGUUUCAUGUUUU